CGUCAGCGCCGCCGCGGCGGCCGGGCGAGCGAAUCAGAACCGGGAAAACAAAACUGCCGGGUUUGAAAUCCUCCGCCUCCCCCCUGCGCCAUCGUCCUCGGCGUGACGGGCCAGAGCCAGGCGCGUCCGACCCACACGCGGCGGCACCGCGCGCAGUGUACUCCCUUUAAAUCAACAGUUCUUGGAAGUUGGUGAAGUGGAGAAAAUGGCAUCCGAGGACAUCACUAAGCUAGUGGAGUCACUUGCCAAAGCCCAAGUGGGCGGAGGGCAGCUGAGUUUCAAAGGCAAGAGCCUAAAACUCAACACCGCCGAAGAUGCCAAAGAGGUGUCUAAGGAAAUUGAGGAAUUUGAUGGCUUGGAAGCCCUGCGCCUGGAAGGCAACACUGUGGGUGUGGAGGCAGCAAAGGUCAUUGCCAAAGCCCUGGAGAAGAAAGCUGAACUCAAGAGGUGUCAUUGGAGUGACAUGUUCACAGGGAGAUUGAGGUCUGAGAUCCCUUUUGCUCUGACUGCCCUGGGGGAGGCCCUUGUCACCGCAGGUUCCCAGCUGGUGGAGCUGGACCUGAGCGACAAUGCCUUUGGGCCAGAUGGCGUGCGUGGCUUUGAGGCACUGCUGAAGAGUCCUGCCUGCUUCACUUUGCAGGAGCUCAAGCUGAACAACUGUGGCAUGGGCAUUGGAGGCGGCAAGAUCUUAGCAGCUGCCCUGAAAGAGUGUCACAGGAAGUCAAGUGCCAUGGGCAAACCUCUGGCUUUGAAAGUAUUUGUGGCUGGCAGGAACCGCCUGGAGAACGAUGGUGCCACCGCACUGGCUGAGGCAUUUGGGCUCAUCGGGACACUGGAAGAGGUCCAUAUGCCACAGAACGGAAUCAACCAUCCUGGCAUUACAGCGCUGGCCCAGGCCUUUGCUGCCAACCCUUUGCUGAGGGUUAUCAAUCUGAAUGACAACACCUUCACAGAGAAGGGGGCUGUGGCCAUGGCAGAGACGCUGAAGACUCUCCGACAGGUAGAAGUGAUCAACUUUGGGGACUGCCUGGUGCGCUCAAAGGGUGCCAUCGCCAUUGCUGAAGCAGUCAAAGAGGGGCUCCCUAAACUAAAGGAACUGAACUUGUCCUUCUGUGAAAUCAAACGAGAUGCUGCCCUGACUAUUGCAGAGGCUACUGAAGAUAAGUCUGAGUUGGAGAAACUGGAUCUCAAUGGAAAUGCUCUGGGGGAAGAAGGCUGUGAACAGCUCCAGGAGAUUCUUGAAGGUUUCAACAUGGCAGAUGUACUGGGUUCCCUGAGUGAUGACGAAGGGGAAGACGAAGAGGAUGAAGAUGAUGAAGGCGAGGACGAAGAGGAUGAAGAUGACGAAGGGGAGGAUGAAGAGGAGGAACAACAACAGCUGCAGGAGAGGGGGCAGGGAGAACAGGAAUCAUUGCCUUCUAAGAAGAUUCUUGACUCACAUGACUCUACUCCUGUGUCUUCUCCUCCUCCUGUGGAUGUUGCCACGUUCCUCGCCUUCCCAUCUCCAGAGAAACUGCUGCGACUAGGGCCCAAGUGCUCUGUUCUGAUAGCUCAGCAGACAGACACAUCUGAUACGGAAAAGGUGGUUACGGCUCUCCUGAAGAUCUCUUCUGUGUUCAAAGAUGAAAUCACAGUGAAAACAGUAGUGCAUGAAACAACAGAUGCCUUGAUGAGAAAAGCCUUCACUUCUGCCACAUUUAAUUCUGAUGCAUUCAUCACCAGCCUACUGAUCCACAUGGGCCUGCUCAAGAGUGAAGAGAAGAUCAAGGCUGUCCCAAGCCUCUAUGGCCCUCUGAUGACCCUGAACCAUAUGGUCCAGCAGGAUUAUUUCCCCAAAUCCCUGGCCCCGGUUCUCCUGGCCUUCGUGACAAAACCCAACCGUGCUUUGGAUCCCUGCUCCUUUGCCCGCCACAUGCUGCUGCAAACCCUCCACCAGCUGUAGUAGAAGCGCAGCUCUGCCCCUUCCCCCUCAUAGGACUUUUAUCAGCGAGAGCUCUUAGCCAGCUGGCAGGAGAGGAUGUCAGCGCCCAUGGAAACAUGCUGUCUGUCUCCCCGGGAUGUCCGUCUUUCCUUCUGCUUUAACAAACUCGGAGGAAUCCAGCUGAUAUUUUUUACUUUGUUUUUCCAUGUUUUUAAUUGAAGGCCCCACUUCCAAAGCACACUCCCUGGGCUCCAGCGCAGGCAGUUGUGCCAGAACUAGUCCUCCUGGGGCUCUCCAUGACUUGGAAAGAGGGCCCCAUUAAACUCAACACUGCUGGAAGGGGUUGUGCCCAGGCUACCGUCUUGCAGAGGGUGCUGGACAUGGGCUUUCUCUGAAGCAGCAGCAGCUGAACCAAGCAGGGCUUUUGCAUGGUGCUGUGGCUUCCAGCUCAUGCUGCCCUGGGCCAUGCACCUGGAAGUUGCAGCAGUGGUGGUGCUUCUCCAGGGAUAUCGGAUUGCCCAGCUGCCUCCUGCUCUUGUAUUCCUAAUCUAAAUGGGAGAGGCCUAUCGGUGUUCUAAUCUGCUAAUCCCCUGCUAUGCUAGAGUGGAGCUCCCUCGGGUAGGGCUGGCCCUGGUGGUCUUUGCCUGUUCAUUUUGUGCUACUGCCACAGCCUGCAUUCCCCCACCCCCACUUCCCCAUUAAAAUAGGCUUGGUUUAGAAAUGAGUAGAAUCAAUUGAAUCCUGCAGGGGGGUCCAUGUUCAGCACUCACCCCCAGGGGAGCAGUAAAGAAAGAAGGGGAAUAGCAUUUGGGGGCUGGAAUACUUUGCCCGCAGAGCGUCUCAGGGCUGGGCACUGCAAAAUUAGCAGCUUCAGUGCCAGGAAUUAGCUGAGGGUCUCUAAGCAUGUUAAAAUAGGGGUGAGGGCUCUGCACCUACAAAUGCCCCUGCCAGUCUGAAUUUUUCCUGCUGAUUGUCACACCACCUGACCCUAUGUACGCACAUUGAAGUCUGGGGGAAGGGCAUGGAUGGGUUCAUGGGGGUGGGGGGGUAGUAAAGGAAAGGCAAUUUCCUAGUUUAAGGUGCCCCUCAGCUCAUUUUCCAAUCUUCUUCCCUGCUCCCCAGCUACCUUAUUACUCACAGUAGUGCAGUUCUGGGAGUUUUGCCAGAAAUCUUGGCCGUGGAAAGGGGGCCAAGGAGCCCCUCCACUUCUAGCACAGCUGCUAAGGGCCCAGCUUGGCCUUAAAAACACUGUUGCCUCUGAGGAGGAAGCAGCUGUAACUUGAUUGCCGAUGAGCAGCACAUUCUGCCCAGGGCAGAGGCUGAACCUAGCAUGUAGGAAAGCCCAGUGUUUGCUCAUGCAGUCUUGGGGGAGGGGCAGGGAUGCCAUCCUUUCUGCCCUGCACAGGCUUCAUGGGGGCAAAGUGGUCACUCUUACCCCAGCUAACUCUUGCUGCUGUCUCUGCCAUGCUGCUGUCUCUGCCAUGCUGCUGCAUGCGGUGGGGCCUUGAUUGGAGCAGCCCUAGUCCAGUGAGCUGGUGUGCGUGACCAGCAUCCCUAGUGGCAGCAUCUCAUCCCUGGCUGGUGUGUGCUCCUACCUUGCUCCAGUUCAUGUUUAUAGUACAGCUUGAGGUGCCCCAUGCACCUAGGGGUGAGUGAGCUCUCUUCCUGCGCCAGUUCCUGCAGGAGCUAGCGUCCCGUGCCAUCUGCACAAGGCAGAGCCAACGCUCUUGGGUGAAAUGCUGCUUGCUGCUGUUGCAAAGGGUGUAGUUGGUUUCCAGGCACUGCCAAACGCCUGCCUUCAGCUUGGGCCUCUAGCAGGAUGGUGGAGUCAGCAGCACCUUGUGGGAACCACAGGGCAGAUGGCUGCGGGAUGCUGCAGAUGGGAUGCGAGCUGGCUCUUGCUAGGUGCUUUAGGGAAAGGUUAGUCAUAGCCCUGGGUGGAGGAAGCACUGCAGUGGUGGACCGUUGCUAGUAGCCCCUGGCACGCUGGGCCUACUUUGACCGGGGGGAGACCUAAACCCAGAGAGUAACUGGGCUGUGAUGCACUUCUGCCAGCAGGCUGGUAAGCAAGGGGGUGGGGCACACCCAAGCAACCUGAACCAUGCAGAGGGUGUGUGGCUUUCCUGAGGCUUCUUGCCACACCCACUUUCUGUGUUGAAGGCUCUGCAUGCUGUAGUCCUGUUCACGCCAG